AUGUACAAGCCUGCUGACUACGACAAUACAUUUUUUGCCGACUCUUCUCCAGCGGAGACGAGUAAUAACGAAUGUGAGAACCGCGGUGCUACAAGUACGGUGCGAAGUAUUCAAGAUCUUCUCAAUCCUGUCUGCCAGUCUCCUGCGAAGCGUGAAGAAGGCGAAGUGGACGUGACCGGUGGGACCCCCUCCGAAGACCAACCGUCACCUUUUAAAUUUGAGGACCAAUUCGGAGAAGUAUUCGACGAAGAACGAAAUAAAAUACAGAGGUUGAAUAUGCGCCAUCCACAAAAUUCCACUGCCGUCAGGGAUUAUUUUAAUAAGACCAUCGUGCCAAGUUUGCUUGCUGGGAUGAAGAGAAUGGUCAAAGAACGGUGA